AUGAAAUUAUUAGAUAAAGGACUUUUUGGAGGAUAUUUCUUGUUUCAGAAAUUGAAUAAGAAAUCAUCCUGCUCCAUAUUAAAUAAUUACAUUUUUUUUUGUAGAAAUUUGAGCAAAAAAACGGCAAAAAAAGACACAGAAAAGAUAAAUACUAAAGAAUAUGUUUCUAUAUUAGGAGAAAAUUACCCUUUAGAUAGCUGGACAAACAUUACACCAGCAAUUCUUAAAGCAGUUGAAAAAAAAUUACAUUUUCAAGUAUCACAUCCAUUAGGAAUUCUUCGUCAGACAAUAGAAUCUCAAUUUGAUGCAUCUAAUUAUGAAAUAUUUAACGAUUUUUCUCCAGUUGUUAGUACAGUAGAAAACUUUGAUUUGCUUAAUUUUCCAAUUGAUCAUCCUGACCGUAAAUCUACAAAUACAUAUUAUAUUAAUAAGAAUCAGAUUUUGCGUACACAUACAUCAGCGCAUCAGGUGGAUGCGUUUAAAAGAAUGAAAAAAAAUGGAUUUUUGAUCAGUGCAGACGUAUAUAGAAGAGAUGAAAUUGAUAAAAAUCAUUAUCCAAUUUUUCAUCAAAUGGAAGGAGUAAGAGUUUGGAAAAAAACAAAAGGAAAAUCAUUAGUGGAAAGAAUAGAAAUGCUGGAAAGUAAUAUUUCAUAUGUAGACAUUAUUGUUGAAAAUGCUACUUUGCCUUUUUAUUCUGAACAAAAUCCUUUACAAAAAAAUCACCAAAAAGAUGAAAUCGAAGCAAUUGGAAAACAUUUAAUGAAAACAAUUGAAAAGAUAAUUGGCUAUAUAUAUGAAAUCUCGCGUCCAUUACAAGAUAAAUUAAACAAAACUACACCUUUAAAAAUUCGCUGGUCCGAAUCAUAUUUUCCAUUUACAAGCCCGUCAUGGGAAUUAGAAAUAUUUUGGGAAGGAAAAUGGCUAGAAAUAUGUGGCUGUGGAAUCAUAAAUCACGAAUUGUUAAAAAUCGCAGAUAUUCCUGAUCGAAUCGGCUGGGCGUUUGGUCUCGGAUUAGAAAGAAUUGCUAUGAUAUUUUUUAGAAUUCCUGAUAUUCGACUUUUUUGGUCUAAUGAUAGAAGGUUUCUUAAGCAGUUUUCCCCAGGAAAAAUAUCUAUAUUCCAGCCUUAUUCAAAAUAUCCUCCAUGUUACAAAGAUAUUGCAUUUUGGAUUAAUGAAGAAAUUUCUGAUAAGUGUGACUUAUCAACAACAACAAAAAAGAAGUUUUGUGAAAAUGAUUUUAUGGAAAUUGUAAGAAAUGUCGGAGGAAUUCUAAUUGAAGAGGUUAAACUGAUUGAUCAAUAUAUACACUUAGAAACAAAAAGAAAAAGCCUAUGUUAUCGGAUUAAUUAUAGAUCAAUGGAUAAAUCACUCUCUGACAAAGAAGUGAACAAGCUCCAAGAACAUCUUAGAAGACGUAUUACAGAAGAACUAGACAUAGAACUUCGAUAA